AUGGCGUUAACUGGGACAUCGAGUUUAGCCGUAAUACCCUCCCGGAGCGAGUGGUUUAAUGUAGCAUGCGCACUUAUAAGCAAGUUUGGUGUGACCAGUGCCUGGAAUGUCAUGGCUAUUAUGGGACACGAGCUCUACCCUACUGUACUCAGACAUAGGGGAAUGGGAGCCGCUUAUGUCGUCGGUAGGAUAGGCGCUAUUUGUGGACCAUUUAUGAAAAAUUUGACUGCAACCUAUGGCCUGGCUGUUGUACUUGUAAUGUAUGCCAACCUAUCGUUUAUUGCCGCCAUAUUGGCGUUAUUUAUGCCCGAAACCAAGGGUCAAGAGAUACCUGAUACUAUUGAGGAGGCUGAGCAUGUUAUUGUGUCACAUUCCUCGUCAUGUCUACACUUCACUCCCUCCCCAUUACUGGGCAUCGCCUCCGUUAGCACAGCUCCGGGCAGAGACCCAGAAUUCCUUAUCUAA